AUGGGAAACACUUAAUUAACGGAUCAAUAGAUUCUUUUAUACAAGAAUGAAACACAAUUCACUCCAGCUCAAAUAAGAAGAAUACAUAAGAAAUUCUAAUAGCUUGAUACCAACAACAAAGGAUUUGUUAGUGCAACAGAUUUCAUUAAAAUCAUUCAACAUCACAAAUAUAGUCCAUUGUUGAUUUAGUAGUUGAUAGGAAGGAAAUAACAAGAAAUUGAUUUCAUAUCAUUAGUGAGAUUGCUAAAUGCCAUCUAAUUCGGGGACAAAAAUACAUUAUUGACGAAAAUAAUGGAUUAGGACAGAGAUGGUCUAAUUGGUACAGAAGACAUUUAAAAAACAAUAACAGUGUUGAAUCCUAGUUGUUUCAAGAAUUCUUACGAAUUAGCUCAAUAAGUAGUUAAUGAUAAUGAAAAACUAACUUAUAACAAAAUGAUUAAGUUAUUAAUCGAUGAUUGA